CGGCGCAAAGUGCGCUUAGGGCUUACCCGGAUACCUUAGUAGUACUUGCUACUCUUCGCUGCCGUCGUCGAAUUUAUCCCAGCCCCAGAGUCAAAGACAUUGCUCCGCCCGUUAAUCCUCCUCAUCCGUCUCGAGGUUCCUUCUUCAUCUCUUGACUCCGAUCAUGGCUGAGCAGCUGAUCCACCGCGGAACCCUCGAGGGCCACAAUGGCUGGGUUACCAGCCUGGCGACCUCGCUCGAGAACCCCAACAUGCUGCUCUCCGCUUCUCGCGACAAGACCCUGAUCAUCUGGAACCUCACCCGCGAUGAGCAGGCCUACGGCUACCCCAAGCGCAGCCUGCAGGGUCACUCCCACAUCGUCUCCGACUGUGUCAUCUCCUCUGACGGUGCCUACGCUCUGUCCGCUUCGUGGGACAAGACUCUGCGUCUGUGGGAGCUCUCCACCGGAAACACCACCCGCACCUUCGUCGGCCACACCAACGAUGUCCUCUCCGUUUCCUUCUCCGCUGACAACCGUCAAAUCGUCUCUGGUUCCCGUGACCGAACGAUCAAGCUCUGGAACACCCUGGGUGACUGCAAGUUCACCAUCACCGACAAGGGCCACUCCGAGUGGGUUUCCUGCGUCCGCUUCAGCCCCAACCCCCAGAACCCGGUCAUCGUGUCCGCUGGUUGGGACAAGCUCGUCAAGGUUUGGGAGCUCGCUUCUUGCCGUCUCCAGACCGACCACAUCGGCCACACUGGCUACAUCAACACCGUCACCAUCUCUCCCGAUGGAUCCCUUUGCGCUUCCGGUGGUAAGGACGGUACCACCAUGCUGUGGGACCUUAACGAGUCCAAGCACCUCUACUCUCUCCAGGCCGGUGACGAGAUCCACGCCCUCGUUUUCUCCCCCAACCGCUACUGGCUGUGCGCUGCCACCAGCAGCAGCAUCACCAUCUUCGACCUCGAGAAGAAGAGCAAGGUUGACGAGCUCCGACCCGAGUACGUCGAGAAGGGCAAGAAGAGCCGCGAGCCCGAGUGUAUCUCCCUGGCCUGGUCUGCGGACGGCCAGACCCUGUUCGCCGGUUACACCGACAACAAGAUCCGUGCUUGGGGUGUUAUGUCGAGGGCUUAAAUGACGAUCACCGCAGCGGAUGAAAGGGCAAAAGGAGAUUUAGGAAUGGUUGGGAUGGAUGAGCGAUGAGCAAUGAAACACUCUGGACCGGCCCAAGAAUUUUUCGGGUGUCGGAUAUCCUGACAUGUCUGGGUGUAUUCGAAUUUUUUUCCUUCACGAAAAAAGUCGAUUGUCUGGAAUCUUGAAAAGGAUGCCAUGUGAUGUUCUAAUACCAUUCAAGACAAAAAAAAGACAUCAAAAAUUUUAUAUCCUCCAUACUCU